AUGUGGAAGGCAAAGUUGCGCCGGGGAACUUGUGAGCCUGCAGUGAAAGGCAGUCCUCCUGUUUGUUACGGCCCCAGUGGUCCUGGCCAGAUUCUAGAAGACUCCAACUACUUUCCCCCAGACUUCCAGCUUUAUUCUGGGAGGCAUGAGACAUCUGCUUUGACAGUGGAGACAAGUAGUACCAUCAGGGACAAAGUUGCUGAGGAUCCUCUUCGUAACUUCCACUCCCCAAACUUCCCGAGGAUCUCAGAGGUGGAAAUGAGAGGUUCCGAGGAUGCGGCAGCUGGAACAGUAUUGCAGCGGCUGAUCCAGGAACAACUGCGCUAUGGCACCCCGACUGAGAACAUGAACUUGCUGGCCAUUCAGCACCAGGCCACAGGGAGCGCAGGACCAGCCCACCCUACAAACAACUUUUCUUCCACGGAAAACCUCACUCAAGAAGACCCACAAAUGGUCUACCAGUCGGCACGCCAGGAACCGCAGGGUCAAGAACACCAGGUGGACAACACGGUGAUGGAGAAACAGGUCCGGACCACGCAGCCUCAGCAGAACAAUGAGGAACUGCCCACUUACGAGGAGGCCAAAGCCCAGUCGCAGUUCUUCAGGGGGCAGCAGCAGCAGCAGCAGGGGGCAGUGGGCCACGGCUACUACCUGGCUGGGGGGGCCAGUCAGAAGUCCCGCACCGAGGGGAGGCCCACAGUGAACCGGGCCAACAGCGGACAGGCGCACAAGGACGAGGCGCUGAAAGAACUGAAGCAGGGCCACGUCCGCUCGCUCAGUGAGAGGAUCAUGCAGCUGUCGCUGGAGAGGAACGGUGCCAAGCAACACCUCCCUGGCCCUGGGAACGGGAAGGGCUUCAAAGCAGGAGGCGGACCCGCCCCGGCCCAGCCUGCAGGUAAAGUGCUGGACCCUCGAGGUCCUCCACCCGAGUACCCCUUCAAGACCAAGCAAAUGAUGUCCCCUGUCAGCAAGACCCAGGAACACGGACUUUUCUACAGUGACCAGCACUCGGGGAUGCUGCAUGAGAUGGUCAAGCCUUACCCUGCUCCUCAGCCUGCGAGAACAGAAGUGGCUGUCCUGCGGUACCAGCCGCCCCCGGAGUACGGGGUGACGAGCCGCCCAUGCCAGCUUCCAUUCCCGGCGACGGUGCAGCCACACAGCCCCGUGUCCUCCCAGACCUCCUCCAUCAGUGGGCCAUUGCACUCUGUCUCCUUGCCGCUCCCACUGCCGAUGACACUGGCAGCCCCGCAGCCCCCACCGGCCGCCUCCCCCAGCCAGCAGCUUGGGCCAGAUGCCUUUGCGAUUGUGGAGAGAGCCCAGCAAAUGGUGGAGAUACUAACAGAGGAGAACCGGGUGCUUCACCAGGAGCUUCAGGGUUACUACGACAAUGCUGACAAGCUCCACAAGUUUGAAAAAGAACUCCAGAGAAUUUCAGAAGCCUAUGAGAGUCUGGUCAAGUCCACCACCAAGCGCGAGUCACUGGACAAAGCAAUGAGAAACAAACUGGAAGGCGAGAUUAGAAGACUUCAUGAUUUCAACAGAGACCUCCGAGAUCGACUGGAGACGGCCAAUAGGCAGCUGUCCAGCAGGGCCUACGAUGGGCUUGAAGACAAAGCUGCCGAGGGGCAUCAUUCUCCCCAGAACAAAGAAUUUUUGAAGGAAAAGGAGAAGUUAGAAAUGGAGUUAGCAGCAGUGCGGACCGCAAGUGAGGAUCAUCGGAGACACAUCGAGAUCCUGGACCAGGCUCUGAGCAACGCCCAGGCCAGGGUCAUCAAGCUGGAAGAGGAGCUACGAGAGAAGCAAGCCUACGUGGAGAAGGUGGAGAAGCUGCAGCAGGCGCUGACCCAGCUGCAGUCUGCAUGUGAGAAGCGGGAGCAGAUGGAGCGCAGGCUGCGGACCUGGCUGGAGAGGGAGCUGGAUGCGCUGAGAGCCCAGCAGAAACAUGGAAAUGGCCAGGCAGCCAGCAUGCCAGAGUACAAUGCCCCGGCCCUCAUGGAGCUGGUGAGGGAGAAGGAGGAGCGGAUCCUGGCUCUGGAGGCCGACAUGACCAAGUGGGAGCAGAAGUAUCUGGAGGAAAGCACCAUUCGCCACUUCGCCAUGAACGCCGCGGCCACCGCUGCUGCCGAGAGGGACACCUCGAUCAUCAACCACUCUCGGAAUGGCAGCUACGGGGAGAGCUCGCUGGAGGCCCACAUCUGGCAGGAGGAAGAGGAGGUGGCACAAGCCAACAGACGGUGCCAGGACAUGGAGUACACUAUUAAAAAUCUGCAUGCCAAAAUCAUAGAGAAGGAUGCCAUGAUCAAGGUCCUUCAGCAGCGAGCCCGUAAGGAUGCCGGGAAGGCCGACUCCUCCAGCCUGCGGCCUGCCCGCUCCGUCCCAUCCAUUGCUGCGGCCACAGGGACACACUCACGCCAGACCUCUCUCACCAGCAGCCAGCUGGCCGAGGAGAAGAAGGAGGAGAAGACCUGGAAGGGGAGCAUUGGGCUGCUGCUGGGGAAGGAGCACCACGACCACGCCUCUGCACCCUUGCUGCCCCCACCACCCGCCUCAGCACUGUCCCCUGCAGCCUCCACCACGGCGGCUAGCAGUGCCCACGCCAAGACGGGCAGCAAGGACAGCAGCACACAGACGGACAAGGGCGCCGAGCUCUUCUGGCCCAGCGUGGCCUCUCUGCCCACCCGAGGCCGGCUGAGCACAACUCCUUCCAACAGCCCUGUCCUGAAACACCCAGCAGCCAAAGGGCCUGCAGAGAAACUGGAGAACUCUCCUGGCCACGGAAAGUCACCCGACCACAGAGGCCGUGUCAGCAGCUUGCUGCACAAGCCUGAGUUCCCUGACGGAGAGAUGAUGGAAGUUCUCAUCUAACCUGCUGCCCUGGGGAAUUCCACAGCAGAACAUUGAUGAAAGAGGAAAGUGGCAGAGAUGGAAAAAGAAAGAUCAAGAAGGUUGUGGAUGAGAAAUCAGGAAUGCUUUGAAAUGAUAAAGAUUUCAGAUUAGUAAGAACACUUUUUACAGAGACCUACAUGACUGAAGAUAGAAGAGAACGCUCUGGAUUUUUCUUACACACGUGGAAGAGAGAAGAGAUAAGAGACGCAUGUAGGUUUGGAAACAAAGUUAAGAAGAAAUACGAAACGGAAUUUCUCAUUGUACAGAAAAUGUAUCUCUUGGGGAGGUUCUGUGGACCCCCAGGCUCUGGUUAUAAACAGAUAAAUCCAAACUUGGACCUUCCUUGGAAUACUCCCAUUCUCUUAGCAUGUUUGCUUUAAGAAGAACCUCCUAGAAAUCUGUAGAGCCCGUCUUGGCAUAAUGCAGUGUAACCUGUGCCAUCCGUGGGGUGUCGUGUGUGUGUGCGCGCGCGUGUGUGUGUGUGGCAGCAAGAAGAAACGUCCAUUGGCAAUGGAGAAUUUGAAAGGUGCUUUUCACCUAAUUUCCUGUUUGUUUGGGUUUUCAGGAGAUUAUGGGGCUUCUUUUCUGCAUUCUGCAAUACUUUCUAAACAGGAUGGAAGUGUUAGGAUCUUUGUCCCAAUCCUCCCUGAUUUC